UUGGGCGGAAAUGAAGAGAUGAGGCUUCCGUCUCAUCGGUUUGAGCAUGCAGUGAGAUGUCAUCGUGGUUGCGUGAAACGCGAUUACAUAUGUAGUCGAUCAAGGGUAUGUCAUACCGGCGCUAUCCGUCAGCCGAUAGCCUAAUUUUAGAUCAUCAAGCUUCAACUCUGUGCCAGGAUCUGAACACGCUCGUCAAUGGAGAGAAUUCCGGCCCGCGAGGACUGCCUUCGUUGUGAAUGUCUUGUGCCAAGUUUUCGCGUCGGAAGCACGAUCACGUGGGUCUGACGUGACUGUCUGACCCUUGGUCUGAUCUGCAUAUGACAUCACCACUCGGGGGAGCCUUCUUUUGGAGCGCAUUCGAGCGUACUUUUUGAAUGCAGGCGUAGCUUGGCGGUCACCUGCACACUCGUCCCUUUCCUUUCCCACCAUGCAAACCACUCAAUCCCUCCGUUCGGCUAUGAAAACGACCGUGCAGCUGCGGUGCCCCGCGAGGCGGGUACUAGGUGUUCGCACGAUGCACGACAAUGACCCUGCGAUCCUCGAACAAGAAAAGAAGAGAAACAUGUCAGGAACCCAGCACAGAACUUCGACGCCGCACAAGCAGCAUGCACCUGGCUGGAACGAACAUCUUGCCAGUGCCUCCGAGGCGUCCGUUAAGGCGGACAAAUCCUCCGGGACCCCUAGUGACCUGCAGAAGACCACGAUCGAAUACAUCCAUUCGCGUCAUUCGCCAGACGAGGCUCACUAUGCCAAAGAUGAAGUAAGCGGCCCGUUGUCCGGAGCCCAAGGGUCGGAGGACGGUUCUCAUCCCCAGGUCCUUGUUCGCGAGACUGUCAAGAAGACCAAAGAGUGGACUGAAACACAACUUGAGCAGACCGCGAGUGAGGAAUCCGUGCGUUCAUUCCCAGUCAGUCGAGUGCAAAAACUCACAAACCAGCAGGUUAAGGCAGAUCGGAACGAGCACGUUUAA